AAAGCAGCUGAAAUAUCAGUAGCCCUGAGCAAUGGAGCUUCCCCCUGCAAAGCGGAUGAAAUCCUGCCCGGAGGAGAAAGCGUCCUUGGUUGCGCGGCUCCUGGCGGCAAAAGAACAGAGUGGAAAAACAUUUGACGAGAUUGCGCUGGGCCUUGGGCUGACCAAUGCCUACACAGCAAAUCUCUUUUUCAACCAGGCGCAAUUGAAACCCACCGCUGCUGCCAAGAUAAAGGAGUUGGUGCCGGGCAUCAACGACGAGGAUUUGAAGGCCAUGCAAAAGCCACCUAUGCGCAGCUUUGAUCCGGCCAUUCUGCAGGAGCCAAAUGUGUACAGGACCUAUGAGGCGAUUACGCACUAUGGUGAAGCGAUUAAGGCCCUGGUCAACGAACAGUGUGGUGAUGGAAUUAUGAGUGCAAUAGAUUUCUACCUGGAUGUUGGAACCACAGUUGGAAAGAAGGGCGAAAAGCGUGUAGUUAUUACAAUGAAUGGGAAGUUUCUUCCACAUGUUGAGCAGAUCGCAGCUGACAAUACAGUACCAGGCCCUAGAGACUGAGCUCGUGUCAAAGUACCGACCGUCAAGAGUUUUUUUGUGGGAAAUGAAAAGCCAUUGGAUAGGCAAAGUAUAGAGACUACUCAGACUGGUGUGGUCUGAUUAUAUCUGAUUAGUAUGUGCUUUCUGACCAAAUUAAUGCAAAAGUCAUUGAUUUGAAUUGAGUGGAAAGCCAAACAGAAAAGACUUCCGUAUUGCCAUUCAUGAAUUAAAA